AUGUCGGAUUUAUCGGAUGCUGACCGAGAACGGAUAUCUGCAUUGUUCAAAGACUUGGAUAUUGAUAAAGAUGGUCGUGUGAGUGUGGCGGAGUUGGCACGGGUGAUACAGGGGAAAAGUGAACAGGCAUCUCACAAAAUAGAAACGGCUAAAAGUAUCAUUAAGAAGGGGACAGGGGAGGAUUCAGAUAGAACGAACCUCACAUUCAACGAAUUCAUUGCUUAUAUUCGUGAUACCGAAACCCAGCUGAAGCUUGCCUUCAAACAGCUGGAUAAGAACCAGGAUAAUCUAGUCGAUGCGACGGAGGUACAAGCAGCUAUGAAAGAACUGGGUGUUAAUUUAAGCACUGCAGACGCCGAGAAGCUAUUACGAAGGAUGGAUAAAGAUGGAUCGUUGUCAAUCGACUUUGAUGAGUGGCGGGACUUCCUCCUGUUCAGUGGCACCUCAAAAAUUGAUGAAAUCUUCAAGUACUGGAAACGUGCCUCUGCAAUUGACAUUGGUGAAGACAUGCUAGUACCGGAUGACUUCACGGAGGAGGAGAAGAAGUCAGGUGACGCCUGGAAAACUCUAGUAGCUGGCGGUAAGCUUCACUUGAUAUUCUUGUUAUCUUUCGUGGGAUCGUUUCUUGAAGCUGGCCCAAUGACUAAGAGCACACCUUCCAGUACAGAAUACUGGGUAUCGUUUUGA